CGAGAGGGCAUCCACAGUAGUAAGAAAGAGUUGGAGUUAACGACCAUCGCAAGACUCGUCUUUCCUGGAAGAGAUAACAAGCCAAAUAAAAUUUUCAAUAUGAAAUCUAUUUUGUGCAUAUGCGCCAUCGCGCUGCUGGUUGAGGUCGUCAUAGGAGCACCUUUUGCAGAAAUGGCCGGCGACAUGUCCGAUGAAGACUCGCAACUCUUCAGUAAGAGAGUACGAGACAUCAUCUCACCACUUAGUCACGAUCUGGACAAGAGGAAGGCAAACCUUUGCGCCAUGGACUGUUUCAGCUGCUUCAAAAUGAUCCGAAACGUCUCCCCAGACCAGUGUGUAACAGGCUGCCAGAAGAAGUCUAUCAGUGAUGGAUCAUACAGCUACGACAGGAUGUGGAACCGCUGUUCAAGUUACCUCACCGGACGACGAAGAUAAAGCCUUGACCGAAGACUAGAUGAAAGGGCCACCAGUUUUGAACGAAGACUAGUAAAAAAAAGGGCCACCAGUUUUAAAAUGAUAACGGAAUGUUUCAACAAAUAAUAAUUGUAACCGAGUAUAUAACCACAAACAGCAGCAAGUACAUUCCCAUUUGCAGAAGAGUGAAUUGACUUCCAAAGUCCCACAGGUCUAUGCGGGAUUUCUUUCUUUCCUUUUCCGCUCAAACCAUUGUAUACACACAAUCUAUAAAUGGUGUGGGUUGAGUAAAACACGAGAAGGAAACCUUCGUUAAGUUAUCUCAAUGUAAAUACAGCUCUUGAUUUGGGGCCAAAUUGCCUUGGAGUUUCGGUUGGUUAAAUGUCAACAGCUUCUGACACAUUUUAGCCCAGUCGUUAAACUGUAAGCCAAAAAUCAACAAUCAGCAACAAAAAAUAAAACUAUCAUAAGCACGUGAUCGGUCAUGUGAUUAUUCCAGGAGAUUUGGCACUUAAAAACAAAACAAGUGCAAUCAUUUUGUGCUAACCCAAGUAAGAGAAUAGUAUUCAAUAUUGCACAAAAAAGCUACAGGAAGUUAGAAAAAAGUGUGGCAAAUAAAAGUGUUGUGAAUGAGUAAUAACAGCAUACUGUGUGUUUUGGUCUUGCACACAACAACGGUGUAAUUAAAUGGCACAUUGUGUAGUAAUUUUGUGCAACACUAUCUGGCAUUUCUGGUUUCUACUACUACCUAUGUUGGACCAAAUACCAAAUCAAAUCAGAGUACGUAUUUGUAAUGGCAAGAUAGAUACAUCAAAUGGAGUGAUUAACCUUUUAGCAUAUUGCCAAACGAUGUUGGCCUUUAACCAACCGUACAUCCCCGUCCAGAAAUAUAGAAGCCUCCACUAAACUAGGCUCGCUCAAGUGUGUAUGUACAUAUAUAUUUAUUUUCACUUGAAAUGUUCAACUUUAUUAAAAAAAAGAAGAACACGUAGUGUUUUUUAAUGGGAUUUCGAAAAUUUAGUAUGGAACGCUUGCUCGUAGCCGAGGGUCAUAUUUGCGUGGUUUAUUUAAGGAUGUAGAUUUUUGGAAAUUGGUGUUUGGGUUUAAAUGUCCACACACAUAUGUUAUGCAGAAAAUAUUGCUUGAUAAGUGUAAGUACUAUCUACUGGCCAGGCAAGACCAAAACUGUGUCAGCUCAUAGUAUUGAUUAUUUAGGACUUUACAAUUUACAUCUAGGGUCACAAUUAUCGUAUGUAAAAUUUAGUUUCAAACCUCAGAGGGUAGUUGUUGGUUCCGUAUGGGUUAGUCCCCGGUUCCUUAAGAUAUAUUUCGGUUCCAGAGGUUAGGUCACGCAAUGUAGGAUUUCACGUAUCGAUCUUAAAGCAGUUCUUGGGACGGUUCAACUUCUAUCUUAAUUGCGUAUUUCUGCAGUGGUGGCUCAAUUAUGGAUCUGCUAACAAUAUAAAUAAUUCACGUCAGAUUAAGACACAUGGUGAACAAGCAGUUAAUUAGUUCUUUAGGGACCUUGCUUUUUAUAAAUAAUCAACGAGGUCUGGCAGAGUUUUUCCAACUUAUUAGAUUUUUUUCCAAUGUCUCUGGGACUAAAAAAUAUAAAAGAUUCAUGGCUUUUUUUUCAAGAUACUUGUCUGUAUGCAAAGAACGGAUUACUGGAAAGUUUUAAAUCAGCAGAAAAAUCGAGACAUUGCGUUCAAGCUUGACAAGACAGAGGUCAAUGGUAUGCCACAGAUUGUGUUUUUGUGGAAGCUGCUUUUCGUUUGUUAUAUAAUGAGCUAUGGCAGUUUUGCUUAUGGAAUUUCAAACUGUAUUUAUAAGUCAUUCACAAUGCAGUUACAGACCAUUUGCCUCUUAUUAAUUUUGUCUCAAUCAAUGUUAUAAAGUAUAUGUAUGGUUUGUGGCACCAUUACCGAUUUGAACUUUCCAUUUACAAAAUUAUUUAGGUCUUUGUAACGGAGCAAAAACUUGUAGCUGCAUUUUAGCAUUAUUAAUGGACUUUUCACGUGAAAUAAUAGCGAAGUAGAAAUUCAACUGAUUUAAGAGUGUUUUGUUUUUAUACCCAGUUGUAUGCCUAUAUGAGCCACUACUCGUAGGGGUGAACUAGUCACGGCCAUGAGUAGGAACACAUUCCAAUAAAAAAACUGUUUAAUAUUAAGAACUAUUAUUGUAAUUGACAACUCUUGAACCAGUUGAAUCUUACUCAACUAUAAAGUUAAAACAUUAAGGUGAAGCUUGGGUAAAUAAAUGUCUCUUUCCUUUUGGAGGAGGUCGCUGCAGAGCUGUACUAGAAAUUUAAUUACUAGUUUAAUCUGUUGAAUUAUAUUUAUUAAGUUAACAUGUGCCUGUCAAUAAAGAAGUGUAUUUAUAUACAAUCUUUGCAACCGGCUUCAA